AAGUUAUUGAUUCGUUUCCCAGAGAUGGCUCCUCAUUUCUCAUCUGAUGAAAACGUACCGGGCCACACCACGGCGGUGGCCAUCGACAAAGAUAAAAAUAGCCCACAAGCUGUACGUUGGGCCGUCGAGCAUCUUGUCGUCUCCAAUCCAUUCGUCACCUUGAUCCAUGUUAAGCAUAAAAACCAGGGUGACAACGAGUCUGAUUAUGACGUAAACCAGCUUUUCAUUCCUUUUCGCGGCUACUGUGCACGCAAAGGGAUUCAAUUGGAGGAGGUUAUCCUGGAAGAUGCAGAUGUCUGCAAAGCACUUCUGGACUACGUUCACAAAAACUUGAUUAACAAUCUAGUUAUUGGUGCAGCAACGAGGAAUAGCUUAUCAAGUUAUUUAAAUUAUAGGAAAUCCAAGAAUGACAUUCCUGCAAUCUUGAUAAGAAGCGCGCCGGAGUUUUGUUCUGUGUAUGUGAUUUCCAAAGGUAAGAUAUUGACUAUGCGAACCGCACAGCGGCCUGUUUCGAACACUGCUGCCCCGCCAAAAAUGUCGUCCGGAAUGCCACCGCAUAUUCCAUCGGAUCAACUUGAAGACGAACGAGGCAGACGACAAGUUGUUAGGGGAGAGUCGAGAAAUGGAACAGAUAGACAGUCAGUUGAUAAUCCCCCCAAGUUACCUAUGCGUGACCGUGACAGACGAAAAAGCUUGCCGGCAAAUCUGUCAGGUGACAUGGAUGCAGCUAUGCGAGCGGCUGCGGCACAGCCUUCAUCUAGCCAAGAUACUUUAGCUAUCGAUACAGAUUUUUUAAACAAAAUUCCCCAUGGAUCUAUCGAUCUUAAUGACCAAAAUUUAGAUUUUUCUAUGGUUUCGGCCACCCCUACUGGGCAACUUCCUCAAAACACACGAGACAUCGAAGCUGAAAUGAGAAGGUUGAAGCUUGAACUUAAGCAAACCAUGGAUUUGUACAGCACAGCUUGCAAAGAAGCUCUUACAGCCAAAAGAAAGGCUGAGGAGCUUCAUCAGUGGAAGAUGGAGGAGGCACGCAAGUUCGAGGAAGCUAAGCAAGCAGGAGAGGCAGCUCUUGCCAUGGCAGAGAAGGAGAAGGCCAAAUGCAAAGCUGCCAUGGAAGCAGCCGAGGCAGCGCGAAAACUGGCGGAGAUGGAAGCACAUAGAAGAAGACAAGCAGAGCUUAAAGCCAAGAAGGAGGCUGACGAGAAGACUCGUGCUUUGAGUGUUUUGGCAAAGAAUGAUGUCCGAUACCGAAAAUAUACCAUCGAAGAAAUUGAAGAAGCAACUGAAAACUUUGUAGCAUCUAAUAAGAUUGGAGAAGGGGGUUACGGGCCUGUUUUUAAAGGCAAACUCGAUCACACUCCGGUUGCCAUCAAAGUUCUAAGACCGGACGCUGCUCAAGGAAAGAAACAGUUCCAGCAAGAGGUUGAGGUUCUUUGCUGCAUGAGACAUCCAAACAUGGUCCUUCUCCUUGGUGCCUGUCCCGAGUAUGGAUGCUUGGUAUAUGAAUAUAUGUUUAAUGGAAGCUUAGAGGACAGACUAUUUCGAAAGGGAAAUACUCCUCCACUUUCAUGGAGAAAGCGAUUUAACAUAGCUGCAGAAAUUGCGACUGGCCUUCUAUUCCUUCACCAAGCGAAGCCAGAACCACUAGUGCAUCGGGACCUCAAGCCGGCUAACAUUCUAUUAGACCGCAAUUACGUGAGCAAAAUCGCUGAUGUUGGCCUAGCGCGACUAGUACCACCUUCUGUAGCUGACAGUGUGACACAAUAUCACAUGACUUCAGCUGCAGGGACAUUCUGUUACAUAGAUCCUGAAUAUCAACAAACAGGCAUGCUGACAACUAAAUCAGACAUAUAUUCCCUCGGAAUAAUGUUGCUCCAGAUUAUUACAGCCAAGCCUCCAAUGGGUAUUGCUCAUCAUGUUGGAAGGGCCAUUGAGAAAGGAACUUUACUUGAUGUACUUGAUCCAGCUGUGCCAAAUUGGCCACUUGAAGAGGCUUUAGCAUUUGCUCGAUUAGCCCUCAAGUGUGUCGAGCUGAGGAAGAAGGACAGACCCGAUCUUGGAACUGUUAUAGUGCCGGAACUUAACCGAUUAAGAGAUUUCGGAAUGAGCUCCGACUCUCGUGGUCGCAGUAAUAAUUGCAGGUAGCCGAU